AUGGCCGCCGUCGUCCUUCUCUCGCUCCUUUCUGGUGCUGCCGCCCAGGCCAUCGCCCCCUCCAUCACGGCCAGUAUCCGCCCGGAUAUCCCAUCCAUGCCUGUCCACACCGUCGAGGGCUACCAGAUUCCCGCCCUCAAAGAGAUCACGAAGGAUGCGCCUUCGUCCAAGACGGUUGCCAUGUACUCGACGGGCCUUCCGGGUGCGACACCCACCAUCUCGGGCGCUCCUGUCAUCCCCACCGCCCCGUCAUACCUCAACUACCCCGAGCUUGACAAGAUCCCGCCCACCAACUCGCCUCAGGUCCAGAAAUGGAUCUCUGAGAUUAACUGGGCUCUCGUCCCCAACCUGACCGUCACGGACGGUACCUGUGCGGGUUCACCUGCUGCCGCCAACGAUGCCAGCCGCUGCUGGUGGACUUGCGGUGGUUGCACUCGCAAUACCGACAUUGCCGAGUGCCCAGACCAGUACACUUGGGGUAUCUCGUUCGACGACGGACCUUCCCCAUACACGCCUCUCCUCCUGGACUACCUUGAGGAGAAGAACAUCAAGUCGACCUUCUUCCUCGUCGGCUCGCGUGUCAUCUCGUACCCGUCGAUGGUCGUCACUGAGUACCUUGCCGGCCACCAGCUCUCGAUUCACACCUGGUCGCACCCCUCGCUCACCAAGCUCUCCAACGAGGAGAUUGUUGCCGAGCUCGGCUGGACGAAGCAGGCCAUCCACGAUGUCGUCGGCGUGACCCCGAACACCUUCCGCCCUCCCUACGGUGACAUUGACGACCGUGUCCGUGGCAUUGCCGCUCAGAUGGGCCUUACUCCCGUCAUGUGGACCCGCCACAACGGCAAGACUCUUGACACCACCGACUGGAACAUUCCCGGUGGCCAGGCCAGCGGUGAGACUGCCGUCUCGCGUUUCCAGGACAUUCUCGACACCGUCCCCGAGCUCGACACCGGCUUCAUCGUCCUCCAGCACGACCUCUACCAGCAGACUGUUGACCUUGCCGUCGGCUACUUCCUUCCCAUGGCCGUUGCAUCGGGCAAGUACGCCAUGAAGUCGAUCAUCGAGUGCCUUGGUCUCCCCAACUCCGAGGGUUACAUCGAGACCUCGGCCAACGUCACUGCCACCCAGAUCCCCGGCUCGGGCACCGUCUUCCAGCCCAAGGUCGGCACCCAGACCGGCGCGGCGCCGGAGAUCACCACCGGCAAGAGCGCCAACGGCGGCGCCGCCACUGGCUCCACCUCGGGGUCACCGGCAGGCGCCUCGGUCACCCCCAAGUCGGGUGCCACCAAGUCGUACGCCUCGGCUGCCAUUGCCCUCGCCGCCGUCCUCGCCGCCAUUGCCUUCUCUGCGUAA